CUAGGACAAGACAACAUGGCCGCCAAACAAUUCAUCAAAUACCUAUCAUCGUUUGGUCAUCCUAAACCAUUCAAGACAGAAUCAGAGUCAGACGUCCACAGUGAUAUUAGAUAUUGUGUUGAUGCAUUAAAUGUGUACAAACGUGGAAAUGAUAAACUAAUGAAAACGAAAGUAGCAGCGAUGGUUUCCAAUGGCAUACAUCUACGUAAACAGUUGACAUCUAUUUUCGAGGCUUUAAUUUUAAAAGAAGACAAUUAUGAAACCGUUAAAGAUAGGAUACAGAGUUUACGAGUGGCACUGAUACAGAAAGGAAUAUUAGAAGAACAGUUUGAAUCCAUGGAAACAGAUGAACCUAAACCUUCCACCGUUGUUAGAGGACAAACGGUGAAACAGUCUGUAGAGUUAUGGCCCUUGUUUGAACAUACAAGUAUUCUGUGUGAAUAUUUGGUGUUCACAAAGAAAGAUAACUCUGUGUCUUUAAGAAAUUUAACCGAUUUUAUGUUGAAAUAUACACCGUCGUCUAUUGUUCAUCUACUACAGCAACAAUUACCAGAGAAUGUGUUAUAUGAAGAAAUGUUAGGUGUUGUAAUGGGCAGAAUGUGGUACAGUGCUGCCACUUGUGAUUAUGAUACCUGGUUAAAAUGGAAUCGGCCGUUUCAAACAGAAGAGGAACUGGUCACAGAUCGUCGUAGAGGUCCUGGUAAUCUACAUCUACUACCAUUGUCUUAUCCUCUAUUUACGAUAUUAUCAUCCAAACAUAACAAUCCUAGAGAAGCUAGUUAUCUCCCCUUACAUGUACCACUAGGUGGUGUUAAUGAUCAACUUGAUAAAUUAUCACAAAUAACUUCCCAUCUGUGGUCAACUAACUGCGCUUUAUCUUCACCAAGAUUUGAUAUUAGAUAUAUAGAAUGCCAACAUUUAAUUUCAUCUUUCUUGAAAAUGCUGGAGUCUUUUGGCUCAUUACUGGAACCCAAUCAACAACAACAGUGGCACGAUGUCAUGGUGGAGGUGUUGUCAAGGAAACGAGAACAACAGUUAACAUGUGACGACAUACGUCUGAUUCAGUCGUUGUUUCAGGAAGUUGGACCGUCUGUAGAACAUCCAGCCGUCUCGCUAAUCUCACGAUGUUUCGAGAUUAUUAUGGAACCAGGAAUCGUGGAAUCGUCAUGUCUAAAUAUGGUGAUUAUUGGAGUUGGUUUAGCGUAUGUGGGAGUGGCCAGUGUUUAUUUACUAGCCCCGAUUGGACCAGUCGAUCCAGUAGAGAAACAGGCAAUAAAACUCAACAACUAUCAAAAUCGGUUGAAUGAAGUAGAACUAGAGAUUCAGGUAUUUGAGAUGCACCUAAAGUUAAAGACAGGACAAACCAUCACUGAUAUAGAAGACAACAAUCGUCACAUCAGACUUCAAUAUUUACUGGAGAGAAGAACACAACUUAUAGAUGAUAUAGAGAUACUACAAGAACAACAGGCUUACAGACCAGACCCAUUACAGUUUCAGAGUUUAAUCCAUGAUGUAAAAGCCUUCUUAGAAAGCGUUGGAUCUAUUGACAGAGUUACCUCCCUUCUCAGUAAAUUAAAAUCGGCCAAUCAGUUGUUAUUGGAGAGGAGAAGUGAUAUGGUUGCCAUAACGACCAGUCUACGAGAAGAAGAGGCAUGGCAACUUACGCUGCAUAGUUUUCUGGAUGGAUUGGACAAAGAGUAUUGGUAUUAUCCAGAUUUGAUCAAACCUUUCAUGACAGCUGUUCAACAGAUGAGAUUAGGCAUCAGUAUAUUGGCUCAAAAAGUUGAAAUGGAACAAAAACAAUCGGCACUACCAAAGCAAAUCUAUGGUCAGACAUUAGAAGAUGUUGUUUUAGUUUUAAGUCAGUUUCCUACUAUGAGUGGAAGUUAUGAGACGUUUCAUGAUUUAACCAAGUGUUUGAUUUAUGAUACGACUAGUGAGUUAGUUAACAACAGUUUAAAAACACCAGACACAGAUAAUAACCAAGAUGUCCUCUCAAAGUUGUUAAUGUGUGGCUUGUAUCUCGUUAAACUUCACUGUUUUCAUCGUGGAGAAUUAACGGCAGACAUUACUCUCACAUUAUCUAAUUUAUUCGGAGCUUUCGUAUCUGCGUGGCAAGAUCAGGAAGAUAGACGGAGGAAGAAAGAAGCAGAAGAUGCGAGUUUAUAUCGAUUCCGCAGUAAAACUCACGGAGAUGAACGAACAGAAGAAGAGAAAGAGGAAGCAGAAUUUAAAUCAAGUUUUCCGUCAUUUGAAAAGGAAUAUGCUGAUUUAGUUGGACCGCAGACAUUGGAAGAAGUUGGACAACUAACGGAAGAUGACGAUGAUGUCGCCAGUCAUAUUGAUAGUAUAACGACAGAAGAGAUGUAUACAGUCUAUCGAAUUCACGAUUUAUUGUUUACCUCACUAGUCUCCACCGAUUGGUUAACGCAGAAACCUCAUACUCCAUGUACGUCUGAAGAGUAUCUUCAACCAGCCAUGUUGGGUUAUAGUAUCGCAGCUCGAGUUGCCCAGAAAUCUCUUGGUACUUUAGGUCGUGACGUUGAUCUGGGGGUAGUUGGAGGCCAUCUUGUAAUAAGCGGUGUUGUUCAACAGACUAUAUUAUCCAGUCUUAACUCUACAGACGCUACACAGGACGAGAAUUUAUGUUUAAAACCCUCAGAAUUUUACGAUGUGUAUUACGAUUCUAACGUUGCUGAAGUGAGCCAGUGUAAAGGUGUUUUAGAUAGAUUUAUCAUCAGAUUGGAAGAAUUACUCGUAGAAUUUCCAGAACAUCCUACCUUGUUACAGAUACUGGCGAUUAUUGAGAGAAUUCUAUCUUUCUCAAUAACUUGUCCUAUUAUGAAGUUUUUAGUUGGCCUUGAACUACUGUUAGAAAAAUCUAAGGAUUGGGAAGCCAAUGCUGCUAAGCAUGUGUCUAUUAUGCCUAAUUUUACCGAAGUGUCUGCCAUGGUGGUACAGUGGAGAAAACUUGAACUAGGAUGCUGGAAGAACACAAUGUUGUUAGAAGAACGUAAAUGUGAGAAGUCCGUCAGUAAAUGGUGGUUUCAUCUUUAUCAAUUGAUAACUUCUUAUCUUGACCAAACACAGAAAUCUGUAGACAGUGUUGAAUUGCUGACAUCAUUAAAACAGUUUUUAGAGAAAUCGAAUCUUGGUGAAUUUAAGAGUCGUCUACAGAUGAUCUAUGCGUUACAUUGUCAAGUUUAUAAAAUGGAUACCUCAGAGAAACAAGUGGAAGUGCUGAACAUGUUGUGGAACUUAUAUCAGUUUUAUCAUCAAUAUUUACCUAAUGUAGAGGCUGAAAUAACCUCACAAAAAACACCAAUACAGAAACAAUUAAAGGGUUUUGUAAAAAUAGCGAGAUGGAGUGAUUUGAAUUAUUGGGCUUUAAAACAGUCGACUGAGAAGACUCAUAGAAUGGUUCAUAAAUACGCCAAGAAAUAUGAGGUUAUUUUAAAUCAACCAGUAACCAAGUUGCUAGGUGACAGGGGAGAUAAUUUAUCAAUAUUAACACCUGAGAAUCAAUCUAAAGGAUCAGUUCUAUGUGAAAGACUAGAAGUCUACAGACAGAUGAUCAAAACAAAAACACAACCAAAGACAAUAUUGAGAGAGAUAGAAGAAGCUGUAACGUUGAGUGAUCUACAGACACGACUACCUGUUUUAAUACCCAGACUGAGUAAACAUUGGAAAUCUCUAGUAACAUCUCUCAACUAUACUCAAUUAUUGUCAACACUUGAUUCAUUUACAGGCAAUAUUGUUGAAAAUGUUCAUGAAUUACAGAAAGCAGAAAUACCUCAGGGAGAUGAUAAAGAAAAGCAGAAGAAAGAAGCCAAAUUUUUGAAUCUCAGAAAAAGAAAAUCACUAUCAGAACUUUUUAAAUAUUUAACCAAAAUGGGUUUAUCGUACCGUAAAGGGUUAGUUUUAGAGGAAGAUACACAGCAACUAGAUUCUCUGUCAUUACAGCCUUUAGAUGUAACAGCUGCCAUGUCCAAGCAUAAAAGUGUUGGAGGUGAAGUAUUAUCUAGUCAAUGGGAGAAUUGUCAAGAGUAUUUUUAUCGAUGUAUAACUCGUAAAGCUCAGUUAGAUCAGGCUAUACUACAACCAGCUGCUGAUCUUGGUCUGGGUAACAGUGAAAGAUGUCGAGGUUUUUCUACUCAUCUACAUCAUCUGUUUACUAAACAAAGACAGGAACUCGGAGAAACGUUCAAUAAUUAUAUAACUCUCAGAAAAUUUUUGAGCGAGUUGAGAAAUAUAACCAAGUCCAACGAUACAUCCUUGCCACCACAAAACCAUUUAAAACUUUGGCUGGAGAGAUUAAAAGUUUUAACAGUCCAGCUAUUAGAAGGAUUAAACCAGUAUCUAUUAUUACUUUACGCAUGUCCCAGACAUCGUAACGAUGGCAACGAUUACAUUUCACCCCUCUGUAUAGAAGAGUUGUCUCCCAUGUCAAAGGUUAAGAAGGAAGAUCCAUUGUGGCAGCAGUGUGUUGACACAAUCAAGGAACUGAUCUCGAAUACGUCUACAGAACAUAAAAAACUUCUACGACUUUCUGAUAAACUUUUCUUAUUAUGGAAGGAUUUUGACAUCGUUGAAAAUGUGUCUAUAGUUUUAAGAUCUACAAGUGAAAAAUUAUCAACAAUGUCCAAUUUAUUCAAAGACCCUGUCUCGGGAACAAGUUGUGCUUUAAACGAACCAUUGAAUAUCUUAGAAGAAAAUAUAACGUCUUGUAUGGGCGAGUUCCAAGAUUGGACAGAAACGUCCAAAAACCCUGUUGUGAUGACAGAAGAACUUGUUUCUAGUGAUAGCAGUGAUACGGACAUUGCUACUGGUGUAGAUUCGGUGAUAGAAAAUGUUCUUUUGACCGUUCAAAAACUUUUAACGCAUCAUGCAGUAAUAGAUUCUACAAAAGAUGGAGAUGAAACAAAGUCUGCAGCUGAAGAAUUAGAAAAUGAAGAAAAUGAUGAUAUUAUAGAAGGUCAUUUAGUAACAGGUUUAAUUAGUGAUUUAAAGACAGACCUCCAUGAAUUGCGAUCUGCUCAGAUAUCUACUUUGGUAAGAAGUUUAGUAGAGAAGAUAGAGGCAAUGUUUAAUGAGGACACGUCAAAACCAGUUGGAAAAACAGGCCUUGUUUUAUUAUUACGAUCUUAUCCACUACUAGAACGAUACUGUGAAAUAACGGAAUAUUAUUUAGCUCAUGUGAUUGGUUCUCAUAGAUCAUGUGGUAAACUACUGUCUGUAUUACUAGCGUUGUUUACAGAACUCGCUAUGAAGGGGUUCUGUGUUCCCCCUGAACUAAGUGAUGAGAUGGAGAAGGAGGGUGCUACAGAUUUUAAGGAUAUAGAACAGGGAGGUUUAGGAGAAGGGGAAGGGGUUAAAGAUGUCAGCGAUCAGAUAGAAACAGAAGAUCAGUUGGAUGAUGCUAGAAAAGCUGGUGAAGAGAAGAAAGAGGAAGAUGACAAUCCUAACGUAGCACCUGAAGAUAACGCAAUAGAAAUGUCUGAUGAUUUUGAUGGUAAACCACAAGAUUUAGAACAAGAAGGUGAAGAUGAUAAAGAUGAUGAUAAAGAUGAGGAUGAAGAUGAUGAUAUAGAGAAACAGAUGGGAGAAUUAGACGAGAAGGAUACUGAUAAAUUAGAUGAACAACUGUGGGGUAGUGAUGAGGAAGAUGAACAAGAACCGGAAGAGAAUCCUAAAGAUGAGACGGGACCAGGUGACGGUCAGAAGGAAGAGAAUCAGUUGGUAGCUAAAGAUGAUAACCAGGAUAAAACAACAGAUAAAAAACAGGAGGAAGACAAACAACAACAAGAGGAGAAGGAGGAAGAUCAAAUACAUGACAUGGAAGAUAUACAAGAGGAGGGAUAUAAUGAAGAUAAAGUAGACGCUAAUCAGGGAGACAGCAAGGAACCGGAUCCAGUUCCAGAGUCGAUGGAAUUACCAGAGGACUUAAACCUGGAUGCAGACGAAGGCGGAGAGAAAGAAGAGGAAACAGAAAUGGAAGAUCCUGCGGAGGGUAAAGAAGAUGAGGGGGAGAUAACUGAGGAAACAUCCGAUGAUAAACCUGAAGAAGGAGAAGAAGAAAACCCAGAGAAAGAUGAAGAAAGUAAAAAAGAUGAUGAAAAAGAUAAUCAAGAUGGUGUUGAGGAAGAGAAAGAAGAAGCCGGAGAUAAAGGUGUUGAUAAUCCUGAAGAUAUAGGUAAAGAUGAAGAGGAUAGGAAAGAGGAGGAGGGAAAAGGAGAUCCUGGUUUUACAGCUGAUGAUGAAGAGAAGGAUGAUGGAGAGACAGAAGAAGAAAUGAAAGAUAAAGAUGAUAAAUCAGAGAAAAUAGAAACACAUGGUAAAACAUCACAUGAUACACCUAAUAUAGAAGAGAGUGACACAGCCCAGGAUGACGCAGCUAAAGCUGAUAACCAACAGGAGGAGAAAGUAGGAAGUGGUAUGGCCGACACACAACAAGAUGAAGGUCAUGAAGGUGAAAAGUCAUCGGAGGUCACUCAGGGGUCAAAUAAAAACAGAAAAGAGAAGAAACGUCAGCCUGGUAAAUCUGAUGAAGAUCGUAGUCUUGGUGUUCCAGACCAGUCUUAUAAAAGAUUAAAGACUUCUGAUGAAACUAGUCAUGAUCAAGAGGAAGAAGAGAAAAAUCAGGAGAAGAAGGAGGGUGAUAUUUACGAACAUAUAAAAGAUUCUAAAUCACAUCACGACGCUCAAACACUUGACGCGGCUACGGAUGAACAACUGGAGAAACAAUCCGUACUUAAAGAGGAGAAGGAAGAUAAACCGGAAGAGCAAACAGAUGAUAUAAAACCUAUGGAAGAGGAGGAUAAUCAAGAGGAUGAUAUGGAGGUAGAGAAGAAAGAGAGUAAUAAAGUCAAAGGUAAAAAAACAGAACAAGGUUUGGAGGAUAUGAACAUGGAGAUGAAGAUGGAAGAAGAAAUGGAUAUGGAUAGAGAGAAAGUAGAAAUAGAGGGAGAACGAGUUUUAACUAUGACGGUUGGUCGUGGUCCAGAAUCUACCAUUCAUACAGCUAUAGAGAAUUUACAUUUGGAUAGUACGCCAUCAGAGAUAGACUUGGAGAAAAUUCGAGCAGAUUUAGAAGAAAAUGUCAGCUUGUGGUCUCAUCAGUCAUUGACUACUCCUGAACAGAUGGCAGAAGCAAGUUUAGCGUGGCAGAGAUAUGAAGCUCUGACGUCCAGUCUUUCACAAGAAUUAUGUGAACAAUUGCGAUUAGUUUUAGAGCCUUCACAAGCAACCAAACUCAAAGGAGAUUACAGAACGGGUAAAAGAUUAAAUAUGAGGAAGGUCAUACCAUAUAUAGCAAGUCAGUUCCGUAAAGAUAAAAUCUGGUUACGAAGAACGAAGCCAUCGAAAAGACAAUAUCAGAUAAUGCUAGCUAUAGAUGAUUCUUCUAGUAUGUUGGAUAACCAUUCCAAGCAGUUGGCAUUUGAAUCUCUAGCUGUAAUAUCAAAUGCUUUAACUCUGUUAGAAUCUGGUGAUUUGGCCAUUAGUAGUUUUGGAGAAAGUGUAAAACUCCUUCAUUCAUUUACCGAUCAGUUCUCAAGUCAGUCUGGAGCAAACAUACUUCAUCAAUUUACUUUCGAACAGAAAAAAACUAAAAUAGCUCAGUUACUUCAACAAGCGACAUCUAUAAUGGUGGAUGCAAGAAGUCGUCAACACGGAGUAAUAGGAAAUCCAGAAACAUCCCAGUUACUAUUAAUAGUAUCAGAUGGGCGUGGCUUAUUUUCAGAAGGAAUGGAGGUUGUGAAAUCAGCUGUACGGAAAGCCAGAGAUGCCAAUAUAUUUCUUGUCUUUGUUAUUAUAGAUAAUCCUGAAAAUAAGGAUUCUAUAUUAGAUAUUCGAGUACCGAUAUUUAAAUCACUCGGAAAGCUUCCAGAAAUCAAGAGUUACAUGGAAGAAUUUCCGUUCCCAUUUUAUAUAAUACUACGUGACAUUAAUUCUUUACCAAUCACAUUAAGUGAUGCAUUAAGACAAUGGUUUGAGUUAGUUACAGCUGGUGAUAGAUGAUAACGCAAUAAAUCUCGACAACAAACACCAUGGAGGGGAGAUAACUAUCGUGACCCAGAGAUAAAUAUUGCAAAGGGAUAUUACUGUCUGGAAGGGGAGAUAACUGUUGCUGUUGCAAAGGGGAGAUAACUGUUGGGAAGGGGAGAUAACUCUAUUGAGAGAUAAAUAUGAUUUUAUUUGAUACUUGGAGGCAGACUACCAUUAAUUUCCCCAUUGACUUUAAUGUUAAUUCUGGCCUCUUUACCCACCUCAAAUUUUCCCAAGAUUUGCAUUGGGCUGAAUGAUUUUCACUACAGAGAAACAAAUGAUCAUGUCUAUGCACUGAAAUUUGUAUGAGAUUGACCACCAAACUUUUGAGAUACACAAACGUGAAGUAGCAUACUGAAAACAUGUAACUAUUUGCUGUACAUAUCACCGUAACCAACCUAUUUACCAAAACCAGGCAGAAAAUAUUAAUUCAAACCAUCUUCAUCCAUUCUAGACCAACAAAAUCAACAAAAAUGGGUAUGUGAAAGGGGAGAAAAGAGAGAGAGAGAGAGAAUUGCUAUAAAUAGACGAACUACAAUUUGUGGGUACCGAGAUGGUGAAAUUUAAUGGUGGUCUGCCUCCACUUGUCCUGUGAUUUUAAGUGAAACUAGGAUAAUGGUUUGAAUUAUCUGCUACUAGUGUUUAGAUAACUAAACAGAUCAUUUCACCAUUAUCAGAGGGGAGAUAACUCAUAUAUAUAGAGGGGAGAUAUAUGAUAUAAAUACUGUCAUUUACACAUAAUUUGUGUAAUUAUAUGAUAGACUAAUAAUCAUGCCAGGUGUUUGAUACCUUAUGGCAUGUAUUACAUUAUGACAUGUUAAAUAUGUAUUAUAUUAUGGCAUGUUAAAGAUGUAUUACAUUAGGACAUGUUCAAGAUGUAUUACAUUGUGGGUCAUGUUAAAGAUGUAUUACGUUAUGGCAUGUUACAGAUGUAUUACAUUAGGGCAUGUUUAAGAUGUAUUACGUUAGGGCAUGUUCAAGAUGUAUUACAUUAGGGCAUGUUCAAGAUGUGUUACAUUAUGGGUCAUGUUAAAGAUGUAUUACAUUAUGGCAUAUUAAAAAUGUAUUACAUUAGGGCAUGUUCAAGAUGUAUUACAUUAGGGCAUGUUCAAGAUGUGUUACAUUAUGGGGCAUGUUAAAGAUGUAUUAUAUUAUGGCAUGUUAAAGAUAUAUUACAUUAUGUGUCAUGUUAGAGAUGUAUUACAUUAUGCCAUGUUAGAGAUGUAUUACAUUAUGACAUGUUAGAGACGUAUUACAUUAUGUCAUGUUCAAGAUGUAUUACAUUAUGUGGCAUGUUAAAGAUGUGUUACAUUAGGGCAUGUUAGAGAUGUAUUACAUUAUGGCAUCUUAAAGAUGUAUUACAUUAUGUGUCAUGUUAGAGAUGUGUUAGAUUAUGUGUCAUGUUAAAGAUGUGUUACAUUAGGGCAUAUUAGAGAUGUAUUACAUUAUGGCAUGUUAAAGAUGUAUUACAUUAUGUGUCAUGUUCAAGAUGUAUUACAUUAUGGCAUGUUAAAGAUGUAUUACAUUAUGUGUCAUGUUAGAGAUAUUUUUAGGUUGAAUAUGUGUCAUGUUAAAAGUGUGUUAAGUUGUUUGUUUUGUAAGAUAUGUUUUACAUUAUGUUUGUGAGAUGCAGAACAUGAUGUUGUUAAAUAUAUGUUCUGUUAAAGCUAAUUUCAGCUCUCAAGAUGUUUUCAAUUUUUAUUGUGUAAAAUAUUAUGUAAAUACAUACGUAAAUGAAGUUCUAAA